AGUGUCUGAAGAAAGAUGAAGGUACCCUGCCACGCUGGUGGCUUCACAGUCAUGUUGCUGCAGGAGAAGAGGUUCGCUGGGUCCACGCUGAUGCCAUGCAGGGAGGCAGGGGCUGAUGAGGAUCGUAGGGAGCGUGGUCAGAAUCCCCAUGAAGCGCCUUGUGCCACGCCCCUGAUCUGCAGCUUCGGGAGGCCGGUCGACUUGGAGAAGGAUGACUCCCAGAAGGUGGUGUGCAAUAAUGAGCAGUGCCCAUACAGUACCUGGAUGCACUUGCAGUGUUUCUACGAGUGGGAGAGCAGCAUCUUGGUCCAGUUCAACUGCAUCGGCCGGGCUCGCAGCUGGAAUGAGAAGCAGUGCCGCCAGAACAUGUGGACAAAGAAGGGCUAUGACCUGGCCUUCCGCUUCUGUUCCUGCCGCUGUGGACAGGGCCACUUGAAGAAGGACACAGACUGGUACCAGGUGAAGCGGAUGCAAGAUGAGAAAAAGAAGAAGUCUGGGGCAGAGAAGAACACGGGGAGGCCUCCCGGCGAGGCAGUGGAGGAGGCAAAAAAGUGCAGGCCACUGAACAAGCCCCAGAAAGGCCUGAACCACGACCUCCCCCGCCGGCAUUCCGUGGACCGGCAGAACUCCCAAGAGAAGGUGGUGGCUACCACCGCGGCCUAUGGGGCCCGCUCCCCUUGUGCCUCCCCAGGCCAGUCGCCACCCACUGGCUACUCCAUCCUCUCCCCUGCCCACUUCAGCGGCCCCCGUGCUUCCAGGUACCUUGGGGAAUUCUUAAAGAAUGCUAUCCACCUGGAGCCACACAAGAAGGCGGUGGCAGGGGGCCACGUGUUCAGGAAUGCCCACUUUGAUUACAAUCCGGCUGGGUUGUCGGUUCACAGGGGGGCCCACUUUGACGCACCUGUGCAGUUUCUACGGCGCCUGGACCUCUCUGAGCUGCUCGCUCACAUCCCUAGGCACAAGCUGAACACGUUCCACGUGCGCAUGGAGGACGACGCCCAGAUGGGCCAGGGCGAGGACCUGCGGAAGUUCAUCCUGGCUGCCCUCAGUGCCAGCCACAGGAACGUCGUGAACUGUGCACUGUGCCACCGGGCACUCCCUGUAUUCGAACAGUUCCCACUGGUGGAUGGAACUCUGUUCUUAAGCCCAUCGAGACACGAUGAGAUUGAAUACGAUGUUCCUUGUCACCUUCAAGAAUUGAUAGAUGAGCCAUUUCUGUAUUGCCUUUGGAGACGAAAGGUGAUGUCCUUGAUGAGCACUCUCAGCGUGUGUCUUCUGUGCACAGGGAGACUCAUGCACCUGUACGCGGUGUGCGUGGACUGCCUGGAAGGGGUUCACAAGAUCAUCUGCAUCAAGUGUAAGUCACGGUGGGACGGCAGCUGGCACCAGCUGGGCACCAUGUACACCUAUGACAUCCUGGCUGCCUCUCCAUGCUGUCAGGCCCGCCUGAACUGCAAGCACUGCGGGAAGCCCGUGAUCGACGUGCGGAUCGGGAUGCAGUACUUCUCCGAGUACAGCAACGUCCAGCAGUGUCCACACUGUGGGAACCUGGACUACCAUUUCGUGAAGCCAUUUUCCUCCUUCAAAGUUCUUGAAGCUUAUUGAUGAAAGCUUUGCUUUAGUAAUAGCUAUUUUAUUGAUAUUAUUACUUUAUUACAUAUCUUUUAUAGGGAAACAUUCUGUGACAUUAAUUUCUUUUCUAAUUUAACAGAGAGUUCCUUUGUGUGUGUGCCACUAAAAUGGGGCUGCCCCUUGCCCUCUCUUGACUCCUGAGUGUCAGUCUUUGGUCCUGACCAGAGCCCAAAUGGGUCCCCUGUGAGUCUGGGGUAGCAGUUUGGUAUCCCUGAGAGUCAGUCUCUCAGGCAGCUUUGAAGGUCAUGGGGGGAUGGGGUGAGUUGAGGAAGGGAUUACGUGGCUAUAAACUAAGAGCAUGGUAGGAGUGCGAGGAAGCUUUUACUGAAGUGCUAACCGUCUGAAGACCCACUUCUAGAUCUUCUCUGGGCCUUGGAAAACCAUGUGACACAUGAAUGUAAGCCUGUGCCUGGAGAGCUGACAGUGUUAGUCUGUCCUGUGGUGGCGUUCGGCCGCACGCACUGUCCUGCAGUUUACCCUCACAGACAGGUUGUUUGAGUGGACACGAGUGCUGUUUCUGUCACUGUUGUAGUUUGUCUGUUUUCAUACUGAAAAUAAUAUCCAAAUUAUAAGAUAUAUGAAAGCUAUUGGUGUUGCAAAUAUCUGUAGCUAAGCCAUCCUAGAACAGAGAGAAUAUACUAAAUGAAUGUGGAAAUGGUGACACUGAUUCAAGAGGGCAAAAGGGCAGACCCCCGUCAUUUGAAUUGAGUCUUUGAAGUUGGUCUCCUUAGCUCUUAAGGAAGAUCGGGAAUGACUCGAUUUGGGCGGUACUGAUUUAUAUAGAUUGUACUGUCGAAGUGCCCUGUGAACUCCUCCCGGGCAGUACUCACAGCACAGACCCUAACUGGGGAGUUUCAGAACAGUCAUUGCCAUCGUUAUCUUCCCCAAAAUUGCUCACAGCCACAUUUUACCCAUUUAAUAUUGAGUUUCCAAAAUCUAAGAUUUGACCCUAGGAAGGAAAGGAAAAUAUUGUUUGUGAGGAUAUGAAGAAAAGAAUAAUUUUAAUAUUUUCUUUUUAAGUGUAUUCAUUUUGGAAAAUCACUGAUUGCAAUGUAUAACAAUAUGUUUGAAAAUAGAUCAUUUUAAAGAUCCCCAUGGUACGUUACCAUUGGUGAAACAAGAUGAUAAUUUAUGUAACUGUAUUAGCCAGAGCAUUGGGCUUCCAAAAUACAGCCUUCUGUUCAUUAGAUCUUGAGGAUUUUAAUAGAUUGACACCCCAUACCUUAUAGAAUUGGAGUUGGAAUAUGAUUUCUCAAAAAUGAAUUUGAUAAUUUCAAGUAUAAUAUGCAUAUGUGCCAAAAGAAUGCUGCAAAUAUAAUUAUGGGUAGCCAAAUUUGGGGUUAUGUGAACAUUUUAUAUUGCUCAUUUUGUUUAUGUAAUUUUUUUUCUCGGAAAAACAGUUGUUUUUCCUCUCAGAAGUGUUUAGGCAUUAUUGCACGUGAGUUUCAGUUCUGCUACAUGAAAUGUUAGCUGUUUUGUUUGAAGCAGCACAGCACUAAAGAAACAGUAUUGUUGACUAAUAUGCUUCGUCUUUCAGUUUGGAUGGUUGUAAUUCAGUUUACCACAUCUAGUUUGGUGUUUGAUGAUCUGAAAAAUAUUUCACAGUGAGGGCAAUGCUCAGUGCCUGGAAGAAGCAGACAGUCAUUAUUGGUCUGACAAUAUUUGAUGCAACUGAAAGAGCUCCAUGGACAUGACCCUUGCACAUUUGUCUGUAAUACACAAUGCUGUAAUUGAAUUGUUUCCCUGUUGAUUCUCUCAUGUACCCAAGUAUAAAAAUUGGUAAGUUUCUCUUGUCUUCAGAGUACCAUUAGGAUUUUAUUUCUGAAUUUAAAAUGAAUAUUAAAAUAUUUGUAAUGCUGUUCUUUAACCUGCCUAAAUUUUUAUAGAGAAGCCUGCUAAUAUUGUUGUCCUCAAACUUAAAGUUUCCACAAAGAUCUCAUUCAGCAAGCUCCUCAGUCUAAAACCGCUGUGAGUGUUGUGUAUGAUGCAUUUAGUAUUUUCUACUUGUAUUGUUUGCUAUUCCCUGAAAAGUAAAUAUGAUGAGAUUUCACUGUAAUUGGGUGAAAUUUGCUUUUGGCCUUUAUUUUAAUGAUAAAAUUAGGAUUCUCUGGAUGCAGCAGUUAUGUAAAAGGAGAGACCUGGGUAUCAUAUCUGAGGAUAUCUUUUGCCUUUAAGGCAUUGCAUUCUCAUCUAAAAGGGAUAAUUUGGCUGAUCUUAGAAUAAAAUAUAGUUGAGUGUGCAACAAUGUGAAGAAUAAAUCUUAUUUUGGAAAUCUGAUGACCUUAAUAUUUUCCUCAUGGUUUUCUCCAAGUACUUAGCUCUGAGUACCUUAAUGGGAAUUGGAAUAUGUCAAAAAAGAAAAUUAUUUGUGAUGUGGUUUGGAUAUUAGUCACCCAAGAGAUCUAUUUUCUGAUGAGCAGUGUUCAAUAAUGUGAACCACUCAUAAGUGACUAGUAAUGUCAAUGUGAUUUUUCAUCUCUAACUUUUUUUAUCAUUUAUUUUAAGGAGUUACAUAACUUGAACAAACAAAACUAUCUGCUUUAGUUUAGUGAGAAGACUUUCUGACAGUCUUGUCAUUUUCUCUUUAGACCAGCUCAGCUCUCCACUCUUCUGGUUGCAUCUGAAGCAGUUGAUAGACUGGAUUUAGCCCUUAAGAGAGAGACAUUGGCCAUGACAGUGGGGAGUGGGGUGAAUUAUCCCAUUCUAUUAAGAAAGAGCUUUCCCAAAAUAGUCUCUAAUUUCCAGUUUUUGUAAAAGAAGUUCGUUUUUGGAGUAAAAAGUAUUUUCAUAUCUGUUUGGGGGAAGUUAACGCAUCAGGAAAGAAUAUUAUUAGGUGUUUAAACCCUGAAACAAACAUAUACUGAUGCAUAACUUAGUAGAUCACCGAAACUAACUUGCUGAAAUCUUUGGUUUUGUCCUGUGAGACCAGUGCUUGACAUCGUCUGUUCUCCUGAGCCCAGUUGGUGGCUCCAGUUUGCUUUUCUCUUCGGUCUCGUGGUAGCAGCCUUGGUCGUUUUCGUUGGAGGUUGGAGAGGAGCUGAGGAGAAAGUGCUCUUCGGGGUUUUGAUUCCUCUACUAGGACGCUGCCUAAACCAGCUCAUCUCAAUGUCCUGUUGACUUUAUUAUUAUUCCGGGUAGUUGAAAGAAAAGAAAAUGGAUGGACGUCAUUAAAACCAGCUCAAAAAUAUAUUCUUGUCAGUAAAGAUUUCUUGUCGAGAUGUCUUGGAUUGCACUUUCGUGGAGGGAAGACAGUGUAAAUAGUUAAAGAAUGUUGAUAAAAUUGAAACAUUUGGUUAUGGAAUUGUGUGUGGUGUUAGAAGGUUUCUGUUUGUGAAAUGUAUGUAUUAAAAUAAUAAAAUUUCAGAAACUAA